UUACCAUAAGCAUAGCUUCGCUUCUCAGCACGUGUGAAGGACGUGUUUGUUUCAGCGUGCAAGAGAUACAGAGCUUAUUAAAUUAUUAUCCAUCUUCUAUCACGAUGUUUAAGUUCCGUCGCCUAAUCACAGGUCUUCUAGUCGUCAUGUUUUGCAUGGCAUCCGUUGUAAAGCUUACAGAUCAAAUCGAUAACAAUGCUCACCAAAUAAUGAAAAAAGAGUUCUCCAGGUUUGCAAAGGUGAACCCUUUGACCCUGCUUUUCAAGGUUUCUUUGGAUCCUGUCAAGUUUAUGAAGGGGUAUGGCAUUAUUGAGGGGAUUAUUGGUGUCCUUUUGCUGAUAGGAACCAAGCCAGUCAGGCUUAUGGCCAGUUUUGCUGGACUAGUUGUCAUGGGAACCACAUUGCAGAUGCUGAUUGUGCUUGGUGAUCCCAAGUUUACUCUCAUACCAGCAUCUUUUGCAAGUAUUUGCCUCCUGCUGAACAUCUAUCUUGUAGCAACACGACCAGAGGAGCCUGAGACAAGGGAAAAAAUGGAGUAGUGAAGUUUGCAGGAGGGAUGUUAUUUAUUUACAGAUUGGCUAAACAACAAAGGGACAGAGAAAAGGGCAAAAGUGAAGUAAUGAGAUUUGGACAAGGGGACAGAGUAAAGGGUAAAAGUGGAGUCAUGAAGUUUCAACAAGGGAUGUUAUUUUUUACAGCAAAAGUGGAGUUAAGAGUUAGAGAGUUGGAGUUAGGUUAGUAUAUGUCGACUUUUUAUCACAUCAAAAAUGUAAGGUUAUUCAUUUGACUAAAGAAUAGCUUGACAACAAGGGACAGAGAUUUAAGGGGAAGUGAACUUGGAUGUUGAGUUGUUCAUGGGAUAGUUAAGUUGCCAAACUGCUGGCAAUUAUUUUUUAAUUACAUUUUGUAAUUAAAAUUUAUACUCGCUACUACAGUAUAAAUAGGUAUUUUGAUUUUCAAAUUGCAAAUAUUGUAAAAUUGCAUCAAACUUUUUAAAAUUAAAAGUAGUCCUUCUGUAUAUGCACAUUGAUUCAAGUCACAGUCUGGAACACAGUCUGUUUUUAGUUAAUAUUUCACACUUUAUAUUUAACAUUGUGAAUAAUUAUGAAUGUUGCAUCAUGUCCCUUAUUAAAAUAAAAUUAAAUUGUUAUUUUGGCUUUA